UUGAAGCUUAGCGUAAAGGACAGUGGUAGUCCAAUUCUGUCUGCAACAACAACACUGUCUUUGAUAUUGACUGUUAGCAACAACACAGCCAAAAUGUUUACAUCUGUUGAUAAAAAAUCUGACCACAAGAUACAUAUCAAUCUAGUAGUUAUCAUUGUCGUAGCAGCUGUGAUUAUAUCAGUUGCAAUUGUGAUUUCUAUGGCAGUAUGUAUGAUUCAUAAAAACAACCAAAGAAACAUCAGAUGCAAUGAAGCUAUAAAUGAUCCAAACAAAUAUUUUGAUGAAAGAAAUCCGUAUGAUGUUCCUGUAGCAAUGGUUACAGACCGUGGUAGCCAUAGACAUUCUCAAACAACAUUACAGAAAUCUGAACCACAAUCUGAAUAUAAGUCAGUUCAUAGCCUGAAAGGAGCAUCUUCUAUAAAACAGUCAUAUAAUAUGGCUCAACGAUCACAUCAGUGUUCUUCUAUCUAUGUGGUAAACUUGCAAGGCCCCUCUUCCAAAAUUCACUUGUCCUUGAUGAAAGAUACUCCUCCAGUACUGUUCUGACCUCGUCUGCAGAAUUCAUAUAUUUUCCAUCCAAAUGAUUUUGAAGACUACAGAAUAAAUGAUAAUCAGAUGGAGCAAUGUCCGGUGAAUAUGGUGGAUGGGGCAUCAUUUCUCAGUCAAACUACUCCAGCCUUUGGAAUGUCAUCCUCACUGUACGUGGCUGAGCACUAUCCUGAUGAAAGAACACCUUUUGUCUUGAAAUCAAUGAUGGUCAUUUUUCUUCUAGCACUGACUGCAGCCACCCAAGUUGCUUGCAGUAGAUCUCCUUUGCUAUCAUUUGGUAUGGGUUUAAAAGUUCAAAGUGGAUUAAACCUUUCAUAUCCCACCAAACAUAAUAAUACCUUACAUGGGUGAAGAUCUUCUUUAAUCUGGAGUACCAGUGUUUCUCCUUUCCCUACCAAAUGCCUUCGGUGCUUAACAUUUCUAUAGAGAACCCAUUUCUCUUCACCAGUCACUAUUCAGUCCAAAAACGGUACAUUCAUGAGACAUGACAGCAAAGAAGAGCACACAUUCACUCUCUGCAUUAAACUUGGAAAGUUUGUGAGGAACCCAUUGACCCAAUUUGCUGAUUUUUCCAAUGGCACACAGGUGUCGAUGAAUGGUUGAAUGACCAAAUCCAAGCUUCUCAGCAAGUUCCUCAACAGUUACAAUGGGAUCUUGUUGUUCCACCAGGGUUUACAAUACAUCCUCAUCAAGCUCUACAGAUCUUCCAGGAUGAGGCUUGUCUUCUAAGCUGUGGUUUCUGGCUCAGAAUUUCUGGAACCACCAUUGACAUUGGCUUACAUUUAUUGCACAAUCCUCAUUUACUGCAUUAAUAUUCCUUGCAUUUUCCAUUGCAUUGUUGCCUUUAUUGAACUCGUAAAGUAAAGUAUGCUCAAUAUGCUCUUUUGUCACUUCCAUUAUAGCUUUGAAAAAACAACUGUUAAAAUAGAACUGCACUCUUCAGAACUUGCACUAAGAAUAAGGGAAGGUACGAUUACUACCUGUUUUUAUUGCAAGUUGAUGGAGGUACUUUAUCCCAUCCCCCUCUGACUUUUAGUUCAUGUAAUUGAAAAAAAACGCAUUAUUUAUGGGAUAGUCUAAUAUAUAUAUACUUGAUUAUUAAAGCUGAAACAAUAUACCUAUACUGAUGUAAUGACAGAUUGUUUAUAAAGCUUGAAACACGUGU